CAAUAUUUCCCGCGGAUUUGUAGUGUAGCCCAGUGCAUCAGGAAGGGCACACAGCACCGCUUCGGUCGUUUACAGCGACAACAAACGACAUCUGGAGCACCAAUGCCAACAGCGUUGUAGCUGCCUUGCACCUGUGAGGCAGUUGCAGGUACGCAGAUGCGUCCGGCAUGAGGAGUUUGUCUGCCCUGUGUGGCCAGCAAGCACACACGUGUUUCGUUCUGUGAGUAUAUGUUCGGGUGAGUGAGUGGCUUGCAGCCUGGUGUGCGUUUGUCCGCGAGUGGUGUGUGGCUUUGCGUUGACUGUGAUGGCACCUGGCGAGACCAAGAAGGGCAAACACAAAGACAAGAAACAAUGGAAGAGAUUCACAGGUACACACCCACCACAGAUAGACAGACAGCUAUCACACGGGGGCAGAUCACAGCCCAUCCAUCGUCUGUGUCUGGUCUGUAUGUGUCCAUCAAUCCAUCAGCUCGUCGCGACAUCCCGCUGGAUGAGGAUGAUGACGAGUGCGGCGAAUGGCCGCCCUGCCCACCCAAUAACAACCAGGGACAGCGGAACAGUGAGUAAACCAACACGCACUCCGCAGACAGACACAUAUAUGUCAUGUAUGUGAUGUGUCAGGGUAUGGGGCUGACAAUGACGGCAUCGCAGGCGCUGCUGCUGAUGGCUAUGAUGAUGAAGAGGGCGAGGAGGACAUUGAUGCCUUCCGCCCAGACAGCAGCGACAACAUCGAUGACAACGAUCAGAUCAACGAUGGUGACAUCAGGUACGCUGUGGCCGACGGAUGACCUCUCCUUUGUGUGAGUAUCCAUCACAUAACGCAUGUGUGUAUGGCAGCAGUGAGGUGCCGCCAGUAUCUGCUCCCCCCUCUCCCUCGAUGGCCCCGUCAAUCGCUCACUCGAACAGAGACCGAUUGUACAGGUGCAGACAGACAGACACAAUACACACAUUGAGGUGUGUGCUUCCGGUGUCUGGGUAGUGCACACGUGUGUGUGUGUGUGUGUGUGUGUAUGUGCAGGCCGGCGGCAGUGACUGAGAGCGGGGAGGGCAUUGGGAAGGCGGCAAUCCUUUCAGCCAGCAGGUGGGUGAAUGGCUUCAGAUCUCACCAUGGACUGGGACUGAUACGUACGUACAUGUGAAUGCUUGUGUGUGUGUGUGUGUGUGUUCAGUUCAUCGCAGGGUCGCUUUCACGCCAACGAAGACCGCUGCAGGUGGGUGCGUACACAUGUCUGUCUGUGUGUACUCGUGAGUGUCUGUGCGUGCAGGGCCGAUCUGGCUGUGAAGGUCAUGACUACAGCUGAAGGGGUAUGCCUUAUACACACACACAACACACCACCUGUGUGUGUCUGAUUCAUCGAUGUGUGUGUGUGGCCGCCAGGCUGCGUGUGCAGAGCAUGGCGGCAUGUGCCUGUUCACCAUGUGUGACGGGUGCGGUGCGCACGGCACGCACAGACAGACAGACAGACAGACGUCCGUGUGCGCACACGUGAGUGCACCCCUUGUGUGCAGCCAUGACGGCUCCAAGUGCGCCGAGUUCGUCUGCAAACACAUCGGCAAGGCGCUCUUCGGUAGGUACUACUCACUAAACGCACAACGCGCAGACACACGUGUGUGCCAUGUGUGUACCCUCCCCCCCCACCCCCCACACAUACAUGCAGGUCGUUUGCUCGACCAGUCGUCGCCGCAGGCAAUCGAGCGGUCCUUCGUCGAAGCAUUCCACGUGUGUACUCAGACACCUAGACGCACACGCAGAGAGAGAGAGAAGGGCCGGGCGACAUUGUGUCUGUCUGUCUGUCUGCCUGUUGAUGUAUGUGUGUGUAGGAAAUGGAAGAUCGCUUCGCGGAGGAAAAGUGCCCCUCGAGCGGAGCGGUGAGACUACCAUUUGCACACUCACACACACACACACACACAUACAUACAUGCCACAUCAACAUCCAUGUGUGGGUGUCUGUGUCUGUGUGUGGUGUGGUGUGGUGUGCAGUGUGUGUUGUGUGUGCUGAUUGUUGGGGAUAGGCUGUAUUGCGCAAAUUUGGGGGGUAAGAAGAGCACAGCACACACCAGACGAGCAGAGCUCUGCUUUGUCAACUUACAUACACAGACAGACGUGCAUCGAUAUCGACUGUCGUGUGUGUGUAUGUGCAGACUGCCGCGCAGCGUGGGUCUCGCUGGCAGACAGCAAUUAUCGUAACACCGGUACACACACACACACGCAAGCGUGUGUGAAUGAUUGUCUGUCUGUCUGUCUGUGCAUAGCUGCAGAUAAUGGCGGCGUAGGUGUGUUUCGGUCUGUGUAUCUGAGUCGCGACUUCCGCGCGUCAGACAAAGACGAAAUCAGACGCAUACAAAGACUCGGCGGUCAGUCGGCCAUCCACACACACACGUAUCAGUCAGUGUAUUUGUGUGUGUGUUCAGGUAGGGUGAUGAAUGGGCGUGUGGCUGGCAUCCUCGAGCCGUCCAGAAGUGCGUUUUAACACCACACAGCACAGCAGACAGCACUCACUCAGCACACACACAUAACAUACACACAUCCAUGGGCACAUACAUACACACAUACAUACAUGGGCACAUACAUAUUGUUUGAUUUAGUUGUUGACAUAUAUCACAUACAUAUCAGCGAUCGGCGAUUUCGAUGUCAAGAACACGCAGCCGGCAGGUCGGUGAGAGGGUCGGUGGGUGCGGAUCCAGACACACAUACACAAUGAGGGAGGGAGGGAGGGAGUGGCCACGAUGGCCAUGGACACUGACUCACUCAUGUGUGUGUUUGUGCUAUCUAUGCCUUGAGUGACUUAGGUGCGAUAUCGACAGUCCCUGAGAUCCGUGUGCACCAGAUGGACACACACGGCAUGCUGCUCAUCGCAACAGACGGUACACACCCCUUGCUUGACGCAGACAGACACGAAUACACAUAUGCUAUGCUACGCAUGAUGGCUUCACACACAGGUGUGUGGGAGUCGCUGAGCGCCGCCGAUGUCUGCGAUCGCGUCCUCUACAGGCACAAACUCUUGUUAGUUAGUUGCCCGUACCUACAGUGUCUGUCUGUCACCCACACCCACACACACGGUGGCCCCAUGUGAGCUGAGGAUUCAUUUGUGUGUGCAUAAUGAAUACAAUACACGCAGUUCUCGGAUGGUGUCAUGGCUGCGGCCAUCUGGCAACGAUCAGAAAGGCAACAACGGCUGUGGCACUAAUGGUGGCAGCGGCGGUGUGGGUGGUGGUGGUGGUGUUGAUGCGGAUCGGUCUUCAUCGGUGCUCAAUGGGCGACGGAGCGACGACAGCGGGGAGGGGGGGAAGGGGGACGGUAGGCAUAGCACACAAUCACAAUCACAAUCACACACACAGACAUUGCACACACGUCUGUGUGUGUGUGCGCGUGUUCGUGUUGGUCUUUGUUCAGGCGGCGAUGGGUCGGAUUCCCAGUCGUCUCAGUCAGAAGAGAGCGACCAGGACGAGAGCGUCGCUGACACAGGUGAGUGAGUGUACGCACACUCACCUAUUUCUCCACACUCAUCCACUCUUCAUGUCCGUCCAUGUCUCUGUGUGUGUGUGCUUAGGGAGCCCCAGCAUCCCUCAGCUACGCACUCUCGCCAAACACAUCUGCACUGUGGUGGGAAUAUCAUACACAACACACGCAGCCACCCAACCGACCCACCCACAUGUCUGUCUGUCUGUCUGUCUGUGUAGGCGCAAGAGCUCGGCUCGUAUGACGACUGCACGUGUCUGGUGGCCUUCAUUCGGCCAGGUAGGUACACACACAUCCCCACAUCUCUCAGAAAUCCGCUCACUCACUGACCCGUUUCUUCGUUCACGCUCAGGCAAGUGCUACAACUUCCCUGCGGCCGAGGGGACCGGUACACACACACACACACACACACACAUCCACAACCCUCCGUCCCUCCACCUGUCUUUUGUGUGUGUGUGUGUGCAGGUGACCCGAAUUCCCCCCCAUCGAUGGAGGUCUGCACCGGCGGCAAACGACGACUCAUGAAAAGAGAGGUCAACACAAACACAAACACACACAUGGGAUGGAUGGAUAGAUUGGUCACAUCUGUGUGUGUGUGCGUGUGUGUGUGUGUGUGUGCAGCGUCGUGCGAUUCGGCGAGCAGACAGAAAUAUCAACACGCCUGUGGACGAACAGGUGCGUACACUUACACGCACGCACCAUGCGCACACCUGGAAUACGUCUGUGUAUUGGUGUGUGCGUGUGUGUGCUGCAGGCGGCUGACUACGAGCAGGAUAUCGCUCUCCAGCACAAGACCUUCAGGUGGUGUCUUGAUUAGUGACUAACUGCUAUCUUUGUGAGACAUUUCGCAUCCAUGUGUCCAUCAGGGAACACACAGAGGCGGAGCAGUCCAUACUCUCGAGAAUGGGAUACGAAGCCGACAAAUGGUACAAACCAUCACACACACUUUCACACACAAUCACACAAUAUCGCCUCUCUCCCGCUCUGUGUGUGUGCGUGGGUACAUCAAAGGGACAUGCCGAGUUCGUCUGACAGCGACGAAUCGUCAUCCGAGGAAGGAGACAACGACAGACACGACAAGGAUGACAACGAAAAUAUCAGUGAGUUGGUUGGCACAUCACAUCCACACACCCAUCCGCGCCGCACACAAUACGCCUCAAUGAAUGUCAUGUGUGCAGAUCUCCGCCUGUCGUCUGAGCGUGCCGUGCUGCGAUCGAGGAAGACCAAGACGUCACUCGACGAUACGAAUGACAACAACGUCAACGUACACACACACAGAGCACAGCCCCCCUCCACCCCACGCGCACACACACACACCUCUCACGUGUGUAUGCAAUGCAAUCGACGUAUGUGCACCAUGGAAGGCAUGCCAUGUCUGUGCAGCUGACGAUCGACUUCUCGCCGGCCUCUAACGCAGCCCUUCAUGGAUCGCCAGCAGGCGUAUGCACACACACAGGCACACACACACACACACACGCACAGAAAGACACAAGGUACCGACGCAUUUCUCCAUGUUAAAUGUAUGCGUGUUGUGCUGUGUAUGCAGAACAACAAGAUGAAGAUGGUGUUUGAGCGGCCGCAGACGCCCAUCGCUGCCUGCCAUUCGGGUGCGUGCAUGUGCCACAUUCACAUAUGAUGGGAGGGUGCAUCAUGGGUGCGUGUGUGUGUGUGUGUGUAGAUGGUGCUGAGGAUGCCGAAUCCACGCCAGGCGGCAAUGCCAAUGCCCUGCCGUCACUGACGUCCGUCCUGCUGGUUGGAUGGACUCAUGCACACAUGUACAUGACGGACGGGACGUCUCUCCCUCCCUGGAUCUGUGGGUGUGCAGAAUGGCGACCAUUCUCAGCAGCCCAGCACGCCUGAGCAAAAGCCGGCCACCAGGAGAGGGCGAAUGAGGUACGCACGUCUUUUUGGGGUGACACGUCUCACCUUUCAAUGUGCACACACUCACAGGUCGCCCUUCUACUCCCCCCUUCCCGCCCCGUCAUUGCCAAUCGAUGAGCCUCACGACCAUGACCGCCAUAUUGGCCACACGGCGUGGCACACGAGUGACUUUGAGCACGAGGCCAAGCGCAUCCGCAUCCAUACCGACACACACACCGCUGUUGCUGCUGGGGGGGAGGGUGGGGCAGACAGCAACGGUAGAAAAGACGGGGUUGGGGGGGAUGGGGGUGGGGAUAGUGAUAGAAUGGACGAGGGCUGA